UCCUUUUUUCUUUCUUUCAUCUCGCUCGGCAGUUGUUAAAGCCCUGGUGGUAAAUAACAGACAAAGGCGACGGGGGGCUUAAGGGACAGAAAGAGACAAAAAAGAAACAGAUGCCGUCGACCUGCCAUUAUUUUAUUGCCAGAAUCUCCAUGGUCAUAUUGUAGGUCAAACCAUCUGUUGUCUUUUGCUGUUGUUUGUCGUCACUGGCAUGUAUCCGCUCAUGUACACGUUGGUAUGUACAGACGCCUCACAAGGACCUCUUUGAUUUAAUGGGUCCAAUCAUUGGGAUGUCACCAGAUAAGAAAACGGAAAUUCCGGGUAUGCAAGAGGAGCGGACGGGGCUCAGAGGUGUGUGCGGCGUAGGAACACUGCCGGAGGCGGAGUGCGCGUCCAGUCCGCUGGCGACCAGCGUGGAUCGCACUGGAGGCGCCGAGGAUGAGGAGCUCACCAACCUCAACUGGCUCCACGAGAACCUGCUUCAGAACUUCACCCUGGGCGGUCCCGAAGCCCAGCCCAGCGGCAGCCCCCUCUUCGACAUAGAGGGAGACUACGGCUCUAGCCAGGGCCCGUCGUCCUCCUCAUCCUCGUCGCACAGCAGAGGCAGGGAGCGGGACUCGUUGAAGUCAAAGCCCCCCUUCUCGUUCUCUCUGCUCAUCUACAUGGCCAUUGAGCAGUCUCCCAGCAAGUCUUUGCCCGUUAAGGAAAUCUACGGCUGGAUUCUCGAGCACUUCCCUUAUUUCUCCAAUGCUCCCACUGGAUGGAAGAACUCAGUUCGUCACAACUUGUCCCUGAACAAAUGCUUCCGCAAGGUCGAGAGGAGUUUGGGAAAGGCCAAUGGAAAAGGUUCUCUCUGGUGUGUUGACCCAGAGUACCGCCCCAACCUGAUCCAAGCCCUUAAGAAGCAGCACUUCCCUGCCGCACAUGCCUUCUGCACACCACCCGCCUCCCCACCCAGUGCCUCCUCACCCCCUCGCCAUCUCUUUCUACAAGGCUGCUCAUUCAAAGAGUCUGACAUUGAUGCUGCCACUGCCAUGAUGCUCUUAAACUCUGCCCCCGGGCACCACGUUGACCCAUGCAAUUCUGACAGCCCGCUGGACCUCUCCAGGCCUGACUCGGUUCUGGUGAGCAGUGACCCAAAGCAGGACCAUAACUACAGCAGCGUAGCUCUGCAGCGCUGCUCUUCCCGUUCCUCCUCAUCGUCGCUUUCCUCCCUGGACGAAGGGGGCUGCGACCGCAGGCAGUCCCACCGCGCUGGCAGCGAGGGCUUCCACAGCGACGACGACUCCGACCUCUGGGAAGAGAGGGGCGUCCAACAGACUUCUCGCCGUCCUCCUGCCAUCAAGUGGCCUGUCGUCAAGAGGGCACGACGUGAGGUCAAGCCGGAGCUGGAUGAGGAGCUGAAGGAAGCCGCCGGCUCCUUGCUGCACCUCGCUGGUAUACGCAGCUGCAUGGAAGGCUCCAAACGUACUGUCAAGAGCACAAAACUUAACAGGAAAUGAAGAUAUUUUUCUUUUCUCUUCUUUUUUUUUUUGCCCCCAUCAGACUCUGGACCCUGUGAACCCUUACCUCUGACCCCUGAUCGUGUGUCCCAGUGUGCCUCCUUCUCCUUAUCUGAUCGUUCAUUGGCCAUUUUGAGCCUUUUUUUGUUUGGAAAUAUCCCUGUCCAACAAAACAAAUGGCAAUAGUAUCGUUCACACAGGAGAACAAAGCCAUAUUGAGACUUUUGUAACUCGGGGGUAACUGCUGGGGGUGGGUGUUUGGGCUUUAUGGAGAACCAUCAAGAUACCUAUCCAAAAUGACCUGCCUGCUUCUGUUGGACUGGGAGAUUGAGAUUCAAGAUUUUUUGUUUUUUGUUUUUCCCUCUGAGAGACAAAGUGGGACAAGCGGAAUCUUUUAUAACUCAAAGCGUUGCAUGCUUCCUCCUCAAACCUGUAUCCUCUUCCAAGUGAAUCUAUUUAUGAAGCGAAUGAGUGCAUGUUUGUAACAGACAAAAUCUAACCUCCUGUUGUUAUCGGUUUCUCCUUUUUGUGCUAAAGAAAAAACAAAUGCCACUGUUUUGAAAGGAAUUCUUGCUCUAUGAGUCCUCUUGUAAGAGAGUUGCAAUAAUUGAUCCUCAACCUUAACCUUUUGACAUUAUUUCAUGGUGGCAUUUUUCAGAGUUGACUUUCCUAGUUGAACUUUACAAUUUUGAGAAUGAAUGGAGAAGUAUUAUCAUCUCGUUAUGCGAUAAACUUAUAACACAGAGCUCUGGCUCCGUUUCAGGAUUUGCAAGAAGUGGAAAUAGUAUUACCCUGCCACUGCCAAAUUUAGUUGCAAAGUUAGCUAUAAUAUUUUGCUCAGUUUUCCGCGGCCAUGACAGUGCUUCACGAAUUAAAGCUGUCUUUUUUUUUUUGUGUACGUUCAUCCUUUAAAUCAUAAGCGUGUUUUUCACUCUUAUUGUGCGUACACAGAACAUAUACUCACAUGUUUGGUAACGGCCUAUGCAAAGUGAACACCUGCUAUUACCAGAUGUUCACUGUGUGUUCAUAGGUUAUCCUCCAUAGAUUUUAUUUUAUUUUUGUGUGUCGGGGGGUAUGUGUGUGUGCGCGUGUUUAUCAUAGUGCAUGUUGAUUUCAGCCAAAACCUGAGAUGACGGUCACGACAGAAAAGAAUUUUUGAAAUUGUUCUUUUACUGAAAAAGUUGUCCUUUUACUUCAAUGAAUGCGAAUACGCAGAGCUGGUUAAUGGUUAGAAACGGGAGCGAACGGUAAAUUCCCGCGGCGUCUUGCUCCAUCAUUUGGGCUUGCAGUUUGAUUAUACCUCUGUGUUCUCCUCGAUUUAAAUGUUUUUGUUUUAAUUUUUUCACUUUCUAAUUUUCUGCCGGCCGAUGCUGUGGCCGAGUUACUAACAUCUUGAGGGAAGGUGUGUGUGUGUUUUGGUUCAGACAAAUGAAAGAUCAAGAGGUGUAGAGCAUUUUAUCAAGUGCAAAGAAGGAGAAGGGGACAACACCAGUCACGACCAGAGAGAAGUGUCGCUCACAGGAGAGUCGAGGAGCCGUGCUCAUGCCUCUCGCGUCGUGCCCUCGGUUCUGGCUGGCCAGCAGUGUUUCGUUCUUCCUCCUAGAACAAAAUAAGGAAGUGCACGCUCUCUUCUCAAGCUGUGAAAUGGAGUGUUUGUUGUCAGUUGAUUGCACGCAGUUCACUGAGGGGAAGUUGCGAGCCACUUGUGUAAAAGGCCAAUAUUCUCAUUUGAGCUUUUUUUUUAUAAAAAGGCUGCAUACUCGCAGCGCACAUUACAAGGUAGAAUGGAACUGCAUAAGGCCGGCAAACAAAAAAAGAAAAAGGAUAUUUUCCCCUACCCACAGUAAUAGAUGACUUUGUGUCACAGUGACUGUUAGAAUAGCAUGCAUGGGCAGUGCCAAAUGUUUUCCUGUGCCACUGAUGUAAACCUUCAACGGGGCCAUGGUCACUGUAGUCCCCUGCUGCGACGCUGCCACAAUGUAAAUGUGAUUUAGAGCAACAAUGCCCUAGUUUUUCUGAAUCACCCCGACAGGAAAUGGGAGAGGACUCUGGUCAGUACAGUGACUUAACCAACCUCCUGGUUUAUUUUUGUCGCUUUAGAGUGGGAGCUGUUCCUAUCAGAGUAAGCUUCAGUUCUCAGAAGUAAUACUUGCAUACACUGGUCUUGUUUAGCUGUGAAAAAAAAGAACAAAUUAUUGUUCAUUAAUCAUCACCUUAUUUAUGACAUUAAUUUAUGGGAUUAUUGAAUGCAUACUCUAUCAUACUCUGGUCAUUUGAAACAAAUGACUGGGCACAUUUUAUUUUUCUCCCUCUGUGAAAUCCUUAAUAACUUUUUGUUUUUGUUUAGUUUUCCUCGUUUGUUUUACAGCAAUACACUUUUUUUUUUUCUUUCACUAUGUUAUAGUGAUUAAUUAUGCCAAUGUCUGUUGUCUAUAGAGCGGGUGUUUUUUUUUGUCAGUUUGUUUUUUGGUCAAAUUUAACCAUGACUGCCAGGUUUUCUUGAUGUUUUGUUUUGCUUUUUGUUAAGCUGGAUAGAAAAGUUAAAUAACACUGAUCCUGAAACCAUUUGUUGCCAAAAUUGAUGUACAGCUGGGGUUUGAGUUUUAAGACAGACCCUUUCCCCAUAUACUGUAAAAGCUCUUUGAAACGAAUUGAAUCAUUUUUUUUUGUUUUUACAUUCGUCACACGUAUAGUUUAUGUUUAGAUAUUAUGACUAAGUAGUCACAAUUUGCCGAUUAGCAGUUGAUCUCAUCACAGAGAAUAAUCUUUCAAGAAAAAACUAAACAAAUUACUGCCACACAUGACUCAAGCUUCCAGGUAUUGUUAUGGAAUGUCGAAAUGUUAUGAAUAUCUCUAAAAACUGGAUCAGAAUAAGUCAGUUCCGAGGCUGCCGCGGUGUUGUUUCAGACCCACAAUCGCGUGGAAAUGGUGCGAGAGACUUGUAAAGGGAAAUCUCUCUCAUUCUUUCUGUGUCAAAUGCAAAAGAAGCGAACCAGUGAGUUGACCUGCGGACGGAGCUACCUAAACCUUCUUGGGUUGCAGGACUUAAAACCCGGUUGCUUUAACGCUCAGCAGCUGUGACUUAAAAAAUUGAUUUUGAGAUUCACUAAAUUCAGUUUCUAUGAUGAACAUUUUGUCGCAUUUAAACAAAAGCUGCCAACCCAGUAUCAGUUUGUGUCAGUUGUCUGCCAUGUCUUCUAGACCGACACACCUUUUGGUUUUUGUAUGCUAACCUCUGUUGAUAAAAUGUUUAUAAGAUUUAUUUUCGCCAAAGAUAUGCAAUUGCAUUAUAUAUGGUAUUACAAAAUAUUAAUAAAAACCUGUUCUUGUUA